AUUUUUAUAGAAACUUUAACUUUAUUUUGGAGUAUUUCGUAUAAAAUGGAUGCUAAACAGCCAGUAAAACUGGCAAGAGUAACUAAAGUUAUUGGUAGAACUGGAAGUCGCGGAGGAGUCACUCAAGUGCGAGUUGAAUUUAUGGAUGAUACAACAAGGAGUAUUAUCCGUAAUGUCAAAGGCCCAGUUCGAGAAGAUGAUAUAUUAUGCCUACUUGAAUCAGAGAGAGAGGCACGGCGACUAAGAUGAAGAAGGAGGGGAUAUAAAGAUGAAUAAGUAUUUUGUUUGAUAGAAG